AUGGAUUUAAUAAGAACUCCCAAGGUAGAAAAUGUUCGAAUGUUAGAUAGAUAUAAUUGCAGAAAAGUGACUUUAGGCAAUUUAUAUAUUACUGCAACUCAUUUGAUAUUUGUUGACCCUGAAAGCAAUAGAGAAACAUGGAUUCUCUACAUGCAUAUUUCUACUAUUGAGAAGCUAUCUCUUACUGCUGAAGGAUGCCCAUUGCUGAUUCGCUGUAAAACAUUCCUAUCAAUCACAUUUAUUAUUCCACGAGAAAGAGACUGUCAUGAAGUUUACAGUACAUUAUUAAAACUGUCACAGCCUAGUAGUUUUGAGGAUUUAUAUUGUUUUCGUUACACUUCAAGUUGUGAAGAUAUUCCCAAAAAUGCUGGGUGGAGCUUUUUUGAUUUACAAGCAGAAUAUCAGAGAAUGAGAGUACCUAAUGAUCAAUGGCGUUUAACUCUCUUGAACCAGAACUAUAAGUUAUGUGAUACAUAUCCAGCAUAUAUUUAUGUCCCAGUAAAAGCUACUCCAUCAAUUCUUGCUGGAAGUUCAAAGUUUAGGAGCAAAGGGCGUUUACCUGUGCUGAGCUAUCUUCACAAAAACAAAGCUGCUAUUUGUCGUUGUAGCCAACCAUUAUCUGGAUUUAAUGCUCGCUGCUUAGAAGAUGAGCAGAUGUUAGAUUGUAUUUUAAAUACGAACUCUAAUUACAAUUAUAUGUUUGUAGUUGAUACCAGACCAAGAAUUAAUGCUAUGGCUAAUCGAGCAACCGGAAAAGGUUAUGAAAAUGAAAACUUUUAUGAAAAUAUUAAAUUCCAUUUUUUAGGAAUCGAAAAUAUUCAUGUCAUGAGAAGCAGCCUUGUUAAAUUGAUUGAAACAUGUGAAUUAAAAACACCUACUAUGUCUUCCUUUUUGAGUGGUCUGGAAAGUAGUGGUUGGUUAAAACACAUCAAGGCAAUUUUAGACACAAGUUUGUUUAUUGCUCAAGCAGUUGAACAAGGUAUUAGUGUUGUUGUCCAUUGCAGUGAUGGUUGGGACAGAACUGCUCAAGUAUGUUCUUUAGCAGCUAUGCUGUUAGACCCUUAUUAUAGGUCUAUUCAAGGCUUUCAGGCAUUAAUUGAAAAAGAAUGGCUUAGUUUUGGCCAUAAGUUUACCGACAGAGUUGGCCAUUUAGGUGGAGAUUCAAAAGAAAUAUCACCCAUUUUUACACAGAUGAUUGAUUGCACAUGGCAGUUAAUGCAGCAAUUUCCUUUAGAAUUUCAGUUUAAUGAGUUUUUUUUAUUCACUCUUCAUGACCAUAUUAGUUCUUGCCAGUAUGGAACGUUUGUUGGAAACAGUGAGAAAGAUAGACAGGAACUGAGGCUAAAGGAAAGGACAUUUUCACUAUGGGGUUAUAUGGCUAACCAUAUGAGAGAAUACAUUAAUUCUAUUUAUUCAGCUAGUUCCCUUAAUGAAAUUUUACGACCUAAUUUACUUCCACAAAAUAUCAGAUUUUGGCGAGGAAUGUACUGUAGGUUUGAAUGUGGGAUUCAUCCUAGAGAAAGCAUUGGUGAUCUAUUACUUGCUGCAUCUGGACAUAGUGAAUCUCUAGAAGAACAUAUCAAGUUUAUAAAAAAGGAGAUACCCUCUUUGAGAACCCCUCAAUUAGAAUCUUGA